AUGAUGGUGAUGAUGGUGGUGAUGAUGAUGAUGUCCAUGUCCAUGGCUCCCGCUAUGGCUAUGGCUACUAUGGCUACUAUGGCUGUGACUGCCAUGCGAAUGAGAAUGCCGAUGUCUCCGUCUCCUGCGUCGACCAUCAUGCGAAUGAUGCGACGAGUGCGCAUCGUCGUCACCAUCACCAUCACCACCACUCUCGCUCAUUUUAUCGCCGAGGUAAUUGCCUAA